GCGAGCCAGUCCUGCCCGUGCCUGUGGUGGCUGCAGGUAGUGGCUGCUCUCGCACACUCCUCCCACCACACCCAUUAUUCUGUUUAAUGACCCUCAUGUGCUCUAUAUGCUGGUGACGCGUUCGCUUAUUGAAGCUGACUCUAUCCCGCCUCUAAACCAAACAUUCACUAGUGUACGUGUUCGCGGCUCCUCUAUAAAAUUCGUCGAUUGGCGGGGGAAAUACUAGCGUGGAAACAGUUGCAAGACGUCGCCACAUGAGUCAUACAAGGCCUUAAGUUGGGACCAUCUAAGAUUCACUUAGCCAUUUAUAGUGUUCUUGGGCAGUGACAGACGUGGCAGUUGUGACUCCGUCCAGUCACUUGUGCCCAACCUAAAUUAAUGCCACCAGUUCUGAGAGUAAAUAGUGAAAUAACUUGUGAUAGAAAAGUGUGACGUACGAACAAAUGGUUUUAAAAUAGGGGUCCCAUAUUAGGGACGUAGAGACUCCAAGUUAGAAGCCUUUUAAUGUGUCAUCGGAUCUAGUUGUGUCAGAAGUCUUCCACACCGCCUUUGAAGAUGAACAGUCAAGCAGGUGUGUGUAGAGGCCAUUGUGGCGUGUUGUGAUACUGUGACAGCAGUCUGGACUGAACCACGUGCUUGGGUUAGCUGAAUCUCAGACCUGGUAACAUGCAAAUAAAGUGAAACUCGAGUGUGUGUGUGAGACAACGCGGAGAGCAGUUAAGGGAGUGAGACAAUGACUAGAGUGCAACUAGUGUGUGUAGUACAGUAGUUCCAGGAAGACUGUCGUCACGAGGUGCUGACAGUUCCAGUGGGUGCAGGGAAGACCCCCCCCCCCCACCACCUGUACUAGUGGGCGAACUGGUGGUGAACCAGCCUGGUAGGCAAGAUUGGCCUUCCCCACCUCAACUGUCACUCCGUCAAGUAGUUGACGAGGUGUAGCAGGCCGAGUGAACAUUGCCAGCCAAGACGUCAACACCGGCGAAGGAAGUCAAUCACUCCGUGAGCAUUGUGAGUGAGGGAGACCACGAGGAGGAGGGAGCGUGGGAACUGCUCCCGCCACAACCACCACCAACGCUCCCCACCACCAACACUCCCCCCCCCCCCCCACCACCACAGUUACUACAGGUGUUGUUCUCUCACAAGUACCCAACACUUGCCUCACCACCGCUCCUGGUCAACUCCUCUGACCACAACAUUUUCCACAGCUCUUCUAAACGCCUCGUGUGUUCUUGUUUAUUAACCCACUUGUUCUCUUGUUCCAUUCCCAGGGUGUGAGGGUGUCCCUGGCUGUCACUGUCACCCCCACACGCUGCCGGGGCUCGUAACCCUAACCCAGGCUCGCCUCCCAUCCCCCUCCCUACCCCAUCCUUCCCUUGCUCCCAUCCCUCCCCCAUUCCAUCCUACCCUUCCCAUCCGUGCCCCCACGUGUGCUUGGCCAUCAACCUCCUCCCGGUCUUUCAAACACGGACUGUCACUCCUCUAUUCUGUUUUACUCCUCUCCAGUAAUAUUAGUUUUCUAUAUACAUAUAUUUCGUACAUUUUUUCUUCUAUCGUCUCAUACAUUUUGUGAGGUGUUUAUAGUGAGGUUUUGUGGUUGUGAGCGUUGGUGGUGAGGCGGUGAGCACCAGGCCCGAGCACCGCCGCCAUGAGUGGUGGUUUGACUGCGGCAGGGCUUCUCGUGCUACUUCUAGCCUUCAUUGGUCUAGGAGUAGGAAUUUACUAUGCCUACAUAUGCCUUCGUGCUCGCCCACUUCGAUCUAAGCCACCCACUGAUUCUGAACGUGGCCCCUUGAUAAACCCCGAUCCUGACGUCAAUGGUAAUCACGAAGAUGCUCCUUUGGAAGCUUCUGCACCAGCAGAUGAUGAUGAUAAUACCAAAUACAAAACACCAUUGGAUGAACCUGACAUCGGCAACGGUCAAGUUAAGUCACUAACUUCUGAUCCUCCUGAGAAUGUUGUUACAUCUAGCAAGACUCCUAAGCAGAAUGAUGAAAUUCUUGUUCCAAUUGAGAAUGCAGCUCCACCAGCCAAAAUUGUGCAUGAAAGAGAACUUGUUUCUCCUUUGAAUCAAGUUGCCCCAUUGAUGCUUGCUAGCCCUGCUGUUCUGCAAGAGAUUUCACCUGAUUGCCACCCACAACAAAACAGUAAGCCUAUUCCUCAACCCCAACUAGAGGCUGAGGUACAACCUACAAGAAAUACACCCACACCUGUUUAUAUUCCAGUGCCACAUGCCAAAAAACCUUUAACACUCAGUGAUGAGGAAGAUGGUUUACUGUUGUCAGAAUGUGUCCCUCACGAUGAUAGCAUUGAUUCUGAACAUUGUCCUAAAUCCAUUUCAUUCAUUCCUCAAGCGGAUGUUCCAAGUUCUACUAAACAUGAGAAACUGGAAGCCAGCAACGUUCCACAUAAGGAAGACCAGUUUCAGUGUGAUCCUGUGCUCAUUCCUCUCCACACAGCAUCUGCUCCACCCAUGCCUGAAACACCAACCUCUGAUCCAACACAACCUUUGCCUUCAUCUCAGUCUGCUGAGCCAGAGAUAACAGUUGUUGAGCCUGCACCUCAGCCUGCACCUCAGCCUGCACCUCAGCCUGCACCUGGUUAUGGCUGGAAGGAAGAUGUUACACCUGUAGGUAAAGCAGUCGAACCUGUAUCCCCUGAAUUGUUAAAUAAUAAACUUUCUCCUUUGCUCGUGCAAGAAGAUAUUGAACAGAUUCAGCCAAUCCAAGAUACACAUUGUUUAGUACCUAUUAAUGAGAUCAAACUGGAUAUAUUAGAUAAAAAAUCCAUCGAGAAAAACAAAUCGCAACCAGAGUCUCCAGAAAUUUCACCUCGGUCAACACUUAAUAAUAAGCAUACACCCAAGAUACCCGAGGAGGCGCCUGGAAAACUAGUAGAAUGCCCUCCUCUUGUAUGUUUGGAAACUAGUCCACCUCCUGAACAGUUGGGGUCUUGCUUGCCUAGUACAUCGUCUGAAGAAGCUGUACCAUCUUGCACAGAAAUCGGUGAAAAAAAGAUACCUGAAUCAAUAAUUCCUGAGGAGGCAAGCUCAGAAGUACCCACAGAAUCAUCGCUAGAUAAUGUGAAGAGGCAGCUGCUACUUGAUGAUAAUUGUGAACCCGUUAUGGUUAUCCCCUUGGAGUCUUCAGUUACAAAUCCUACAGAUGCCUCCAAUACUCCAAAUAAGCCACCAUCAUUAAAAGAUUUUCCAAAAGCUCAGACUGAUAGUGAUUCACAGGCAUUUAACAUUCCAGAGGAAACUCUAGCAGAUAUUCCUCCCAAUGCUUCAACAAGCAUUUCUGCAAAGGCUUUAGAAGACAUUCCUCUAGUGAUUUCUAAUAUUCCUCUAGAAGCAUAUAUUCCUAACAUUGAUGAGGAAUAUGAUAUAGAUUCAGCAGAAGGAGAUAGUAUUUUACCAGUUAUUAAAGAAGAGGGCAGCGUUGGGACUGAAUCAGAAUGUGUUGAAACUGACAGCAGCGAACCAGAAGUUACCGAAUAUUCAUUUGCUUCAGGCCCAUCAGCCCCGUCUACCUCAGUUGUUCUUGCAGAUGAAGUUAGUUCCACUCUGGAGCCUGAAGUAACCAAAUAUGUUAUUAUUUCAGAUGCAGAAGCAUCUUGUGAUUCUGACUUGAGUGAAUCAGAGAAUUCUGAUGAUGAAGAUGAUUAUGAUCCAAAUAAGGUUAAUUCAGAUAUUUUACCUGCUAGGCCAACAUCUUUUGAACAAGAUAGCAAAUACAACAAUGAGAAAACUAUACAAGCCAAUCCAGAUUCAUCUAGAGAUAAACCUGAUCCCUCAAGUCAUUCUUUACCAUUUGUUAAAGAUGCAGCACCUACCAUUAUAAAGCCUGAUGACUCUGCUUCAAAUGUAUUAGCCAUUAUUGCCACUUCUAAUGAUGGACACUCGCAGUCACCUGAUUCGACUAACAUUCUGUCAAAGUACGAUUCCAAUUCAGAAGGCUCUGACACAGAAUCUGAAGGAGCAGAAGCUGAGGCAGAGUUAAGGGAAGAAGUGGUCAAAGUACCAACUGCUGUCCAUGGAACAUCUCCUGAAUUCAUUAGCACUUCUGUUCCGCCUGAAACUUCUGUGGUAGAUACUAUAAAAACACCUGUGGUGGUUUCUGAUCCUUAUCCUCAAAAAUCUCUUGAUACAAAAGUGCCGAAUAACCCUCUUCAAGAGAUCUCUGAUUCUGCAGAAGAAAUAUCAUCUUCCUCCUGUACGUCUGAUUUGUCUGAUGAUGAUAUAACAACUUCAACUCCUAAAAAAUCUAAAAUUCCUAGGCUAGUUAAUUGUCAUGAAUCUUGAUUUUUCACUUUUCAUUAAGCAUAGCUUGACAAUUGAGAAACUACAGUACAGUAUACAAGUGUAAUGAAGAUCCUUGAGAGCAUCACAAAAUUAAAAUUAAUGGCUUUAAAUUAUAAAUAUAUUGUAAUUUUUUAAUAUGUUAAUGUAACAUGUCUUUUCAGAGCUAUCUCACUCUUGUGUUUCCCAAAGUAAGAUCCUUAUGGGUCCAGAGGACUAGAAUGACAAUUAGGACUUGCGCUGGUAUUCUGCACUAGCACACCAGGGAUCUUUCAACCAUUCCUGCAGGGAGACACUGAAUAACAUUUAAUUGCACCCAAAAUUACAAUACCUGGGUGUGAAAAGGUUUUUCACACACAGUUCUCACAUUCUCCCUAUCUGGGUUCAUUGACUUAAGAUGGGAAAAUUCAAGUGGCUUGUUUCAUCUUGUUUUUUUUUGUUUGUAGCUUUUUUCAUGACCGAACUCUUUGGUCAUGAAAUCUGAAUGAAAUGUACCUUGAUUUCUGGUUGACUACACUUGGGUCAGGAUUCCCAGAUCGGAUAGUGUUUACCUUCGGGUGAUGAGUAAAUUACGCAUAGUAUUCUCAUUUUCAGUAUGAGUAUGAUGCUUCAUAUCUUCCUCAAGCCUCGUUCAUCAUUCACACAGAGAAUGGAAUGGGAGGGGGAGAGAUGGGGAAGAAAUAUUCUGGUUCACCAUAAGUUUUCUCAGCCGUCCCUUCCACCUGCACAAGGUAAGUAGGGUAUGAAUCUUUUCCAUCCUGUGGGAUGGAUCUGAACUAUACAUCUGAAAUGCUUCGUUGCUACAGUACAGCUUGCCAAGGUCCUGGUUGGCAGGCAAUGGCAUUUUCAUUUGAAAAGUUUUCAGUUUCAGGGUCUUGAGUGGAAUGAAGAUUCCUUCAUAUUCAGUGCCCUCGUUGCUUUUCAGAGAAAGCUUCUUGGAAGUUGAAUACAGUACUCAAAUUGCCCAUUUACUGCAGUAUCUUGUAGAUCUGAAGACAACAUACUCGUCUCACUGACAUCCUUAAAGUGUUAGCUUGUUUGGACCUUUUCUCCUCUCGGCUGCAAGUGGAGCCUGCCAAAUUAGUGGGGAGUGAGAGAGUGUGAGUGUACUCACCUAAUUGUGCUUGUGGGGGUUGAGCUUUGUCUCUGGUCCCAUUUUAAACUAAAUUAUAAUUGUGAGUGAGUGAGUCACUUAUAACCUUAUGUGUGUGUGUGAGAGAGUGUGCAUGUGUGUGUGUGUGUACUCAGUUGUACUCACCUAGUUGUGCUUGCAGGGGUUGAGCUCUGGCUCUUCGGUU